AUGGCUCAGAACUUCAAGUCCCUUCUCAUGGUCAAGCUAGCCUUCUUCGUUGCAAUCACCCUCUAUGGUGUCUCUGCCUCUAGGCCCACAACCACUAGCGACACAGUGAAUGGAGUCGGGGCUUGGGAUCUUGAGAAACACUACCUAGAACAAUUGGGACAAUACGCGGUGGCAGCUCACAACCUUGGGUCUGAACAUCAACUGACGUUUCAAAAGGUGAUUACCUGGGACCCGCUUACACACGAUCACAGUCACAAGUUGACCAUAGCGGCAACUGAUCACGGCGUUACACACACCUAUGAAGCCGUGGUUGCUUACAAACCAUUGUUACAAUUCAAGAAACUUAUUUCCUUUAAACUUUGUUGA